CACUGGGGAGCAUGGGGUGUUUGGAAUAAUUACUGAAAGCCGCGUGUGUCUGCGCCAUCCUGUGGGUGUGGCGCAGAGCGGAGUGUAAACUCUAGCGGGGUUGGAGCACACACUGGAUUAGCGGCAGCAGCCUGCCAGCCUGCCAGCGAGCAGUGCGGGACCGCAGCGCGCACGCCACCUGCACGAUGGCCUCGUCUCAGGGGACCAACGAGCUCAAAUUGGCCGACUGGAUGGCCGCUCUCCCGGAGAGCAUCCACAGCAUCCCCCUCACCAAUUUAGCCAUCCCAGGAUCUCACGAUUCUUUCAGCUUCUACAUCGAUGAAGCCUCUCCAGUAGGGCCUGAACAGCCAGAAACUGUCCAGAAUUUUGUCUCUGUUUUUGGAACUGUGGCCAAAAAGCUGAUGCGGAAAUGGUUAGCCACGCAAACGAUGAAUUUUACUGGUCAGCUAGGAGCUGGGAUCCGUUAUUUUGAUCUUCGAAUUUCCACCAAGCCCAGAGACCCCGACAAUGAACUCUACUUUGCUCACGGUUUGUUCAGUGCCAAAGUCAAUGAGGGCCUUGAGGAGAUCAAUGCAUUCCUCACAGAUCACCGUAAGGAGGUCGUGUUCUUGGACUUCAAUCAUUUUUAUGGAAUGCAGAAAUAUCACCAUGAAAAAUUGGUCCAGAUGCUGAAAGACAUCUAUGGAAAUAAGAUGUGCCCAGCAAUUUUUGCACAGGAAGUGAGUCUAAAGUACCUGUGGGAGAAGGACUACCAGGUGCUGGUCUUCUACCACAGUCCCGUGGCUCUGGAGGUGCCCUUCCUCUGGCCUGGGCAGAUGAUGCCAGCACCCUGGGCCAACACCACAGACCCAGAAAAACUAAUUCAGUUCCUUCAGGCGUCCAUCACUGAGAGAAGAAAGAAGGGCUCGUUUUUUAUAUCUCAGGUGGUGCUGACGCCCAAAGCUAGCACUGUGGUCAAAGGGGUGGCCAGUGGCCUCAGAGAAACAAUCACAGAAAGGGCUCUUCCCGCCAUGAUGCAGUGGGUCAGCACGCAGAAACCAGGAGAGAGCGGCAUCAAUAUUGUCACUGCCGAUUUUGUAGAACUUGGUGAUUUCAUCAGCACUGUCAUAAAGCUCAACUAUGUCUUUGAUGAAGGAGAAGCCAACACUUGAUAGUACCAUUUUGAGCAUUCAUGAAUAAGAUAGAGAAGACUCAUUGUAUUAGGCAUAUUAUCUAGAAACACUCUGAUCUUCCUAUUCCACUGAGUGAGGGAAUUAGGGCUGGCAGUGGGUGGGAAAAGGGGAAAUCCAUUUCUUGAGUGGUUAUUGUCAUAGUCUGCAUUAGUAUAAAUAUUUCAUUUCCCAUUGGAUGAGCAAAAUCUACUUCUAGUGUUAGAGAUUUAAAAAAAGACCAGUGACAUUUGUUUUUCAGAAUUAGUCUUUGUAAUGUAUAACUCACAAGUGUUGACUUGAUUGUGUUUCUGAUUUCAACCUAGAUCUGCUAUGCUCUCUGUAUCUUCUAACUGAACCUUUUCACCCCACCCCCUUACUCACUCUUCUUAAUCAGAUGCUGUAUGGGACUCAAAACAAUUGACUGUCCCAACAGAAUGUGUAUUGCAUUGUUGUAGUGAAAUUUAUUUGUUGUGUGGGACAUGGUAUAAUAUUCUGUUGUCAUCUGCAAUUGGGCAAUCAUUGCUAACUCUUUGUCAUAGAAAAUAUGCAUCAAAACAGUUUCCCUGCAUCAGUAAUAUUGAAGGCCAUAAUCAGUGAUUUUUUUGUGUCAUACAAAAAUAAUAGUGUUUCACUGUAUUUCUAUUUAAGGCAGCUAUAAAUAUAGAGUAAAUAAUUCUUUGGAAGAACUACUAGUGCCAACUUUAAAUGGGGGGGACUGGGAAGAGAUGGUUGCUAAUUUAAUUCAAGAAUCCCCUAGUAACAUUGCCCUACAAAUGCUCAGUAAAUGAAAAAUUAUGAAUGAAGAGUGUGUUAAAAUCAGAGAACUCUGCAAAGAACUCUUACAAACGCUCUCCUGACAAUUCUCUUGAUUGAAAAGGGGUUGGGGGUAAGGAGAGAAAAGGAAGAAGAAAGAAAUGAAAGAUUGUUCAAGCUUUCCUAUCAAGUUAGGACUUCUAAAUAUGUAAUUCUAAAUUCCAGAUUUUGAGGACCAUAUUUCAAGAAGCUUUACUUGGAGGCUUUUUUUUUUUUUUUAAUUAAAGUUGAAAAAGGAGGAAGGGUGGCAGAAGGACUCAAAGCAAUGCUUUUGAAACUCUGUCCAUGAAGUUUCAAGAAUCCAUGAACCAUCUUUAGCAGAUUCUCAAAUAUGUGUGACCUGAGCAGACUCUACUGAAAACUGACACAGACUCACCCCUCUGGGUUCCAUCCUCCCCUAGGGUUGAGAAUGAGAUAGAGAUAAAAGUUUCUGUGUCCAGCAUUUGACAGACCGUUUCUACAGAGAAAAAAAAAGAUAAUGCAGCUAUGAGUAUUGCUUUCUCCUUGUUGUCUUUAUGAUAUCUGACAACGCUAAAAUCGUCUUAAAAGAGCACAAUAAUCUUUAUAUGCCUCACAGGAAUAUAGUGAGGCAUUUAUAAAAUUUAUAAAAUUUGCUGAAAUUCUUAGGAUUAUGAAUUAUUUUAUCUAAAUAUUUAGAAAUAAUCAUGCAUCAAUCGUUUCCUGGGAAAACACAGCCGACAGAAAUAGAAGCGUUCUCUCAGCUUCUCAUUAAUCUAAAGGUAAGGCAUGUGGUUAAAUCUCUGAGACCUAGGUAAGGGAGUUGAUUCUAGGAUUAUGUAUGUCCAGAUUAUAAAUAAUGAAGGGUUGUUUACAUGGUUAUAAAGAUUCAUUAUCAGAAAAUAGUAUUUAUUAGCAAUUGCAGGAAAGAUAAAUUGUUUGUACUGAAGAGAAUGAUUAUGAAAAGUAUGUAAGUAGAUGUGAUAGACCAAGUACCAUGCAAAUACAUGCAGCAGAUCUGAUCUACAUUCCACUUGUGUAUGUUUUUCCCUACACAAUAUAUCAAUACACACCCACUCCUAUGCAGAGAGAUUAAGAUACACACAAACACAGGCAUGGACAGACACAAUCAAAUUCUUUUUUUCAAGUGAAAAUAUUGAUAAUAUAAAAUAAUUUAAUUGUAAGACUGUGAAACCCUUAACAAUGUAUAAAAAAGAAUGAUAAGACCUUUGAAAGUAGAGUAGCUGAUCAUAUUCAAAUAUUUUUGUAAAGAUAAUCCAACUUGGGACUUAAUUAUUUGCAAAUAUAGUUUUCUUUCUGCUUUGCAGUUGUAUUGUCUUCCUGUGACUUUCACCUGUUCCUUACGUGCAAUUGAAUAUGAAUCUUUUUUCAAGGACUCUGGAUUAUUAAAAUUUAUGUCCCGUAAAUUUGCUUUUGGGGCAAGUUUUCUCGCUGACUAUCCAUUGUUCAUCCCUCAGGAAGAUCUUCAGCCAAGCACACUUGAAAUGACACAGGAUUUAACUUAUAAAUAUGACAGGAAACAGAUCUUUCAACAUAUUCAUGAAAAUUAGUAAAAUAGAGGUAAUGGUGUUGUAUUUUCUUGAAGUUAGAUGCUUUCCUAUAAAGUUUGCUUAGAGUAAGCUUUGCUAUAUUUGUCAUUUUGGUGCUGGAAAAAAAACACCUGCUGAAGGAUUAGACUAAUUGUGCAAUUUCUUAACUGGAGAAAGUUCUCUAUUGCUACUAAUGAUAUAUUUGACAAAAGGUAUCUUCAAGCCACUGUUACUGUUUCCACGUGGACACAAUGCUAUGUAGCAAGCACUGAGAGAAAGGGGACUUGCCUUAAUUUCUAAAGGAGGGAGCAGAUAGAAGUGAACUGUGGUCUUCCAACUGGGUAGAGAGUCCACUAGAAGGGAUUUCUUUGAAAGGAGGGGAAAGAGAAGAUGCCUUUGGCUGUCUUCCUUAUUGGCCCUGCCCUGAG